AAUUCAUAUUAUAUUGGAUAACACGCUAAUCGCUUAUCACUAUCAGCCGCCAGACGUGGCAUAAAAAUCGCUCUCUUCAAAUACAGAGGAUAACUAAAUAAACGACUCACAAAAUUCAACAGAAGUUGUACAAGAUAAUAACAACAACGAUUAUUAAUCAGGCGCAAACGUGUUCCUGCAGACUUUCUCAAAUCCCAACCAAACCAGCAGCAAAGAAAGAAUCAUCCGACUAGCGUGUUGUGCGGUGAUUUCCGUGUGUGUUCUACUGUCCUGUUUCGUGCACACGGAUCACUCUACUUGUCAGCACGUCAGGACGCCGGAGGCCUUGGUCGACUCCGGAUUCGCGUAUAGAUACACCCAGAUGGACGCGCAGGCGCACCUGCCCACGACAAUUCAGGGAGAAGAGACUUCAUUUUUUCUUCACCAAGCUAGGCAGGCCGCCGAUCUGUGAGGAGAUUCAGAAGAGGAUGAGAAGGGUCCUCCUGCCACUGUGCGCGUUCCUCGUCGUGCUCCUCUGCGUGGCGAGUCUCGUGGACGUCACGGAGGCGAGGGGCGGAGGAGGCACUGGCAGGGGCGGGGGUGGGGGUGGCCGCGGCAUCGGCGGUGCCGGAGGAGCCACCGGAAGCCGCAGCGGUGGCCCGCGCGGCCUCAGCAGCGGCACCUGGACGGCGUGCGUCGGCUCCACUCUGCUGGCUGCGGCGGCCAUGCUCUUGUAGGCUCGUCGUCUCACGCCUGCAUAGCGAACGUCUACGGAUAGUGGGAGUACAUUCUUUUGUUCUGAACUAGGUAAAUGCCCGUGCGUUGCACCGGGAAUAAUAAAAUUGUUACGACAUAACAAGCACCAUGAUUUGUAUAAAAAUUUCAAUGCAAUAAGGAUCUGAAUUUUUUU